UGGGUGGCGCCAGUUUUGAGCCGCUCUGUUUUGAGUUGUGUGGCUGUUUUUCUGGGAAUCACCGAGAUUGCAGAACGCGAUGACCGUCCCCUCUGCAGAGGAGCUGGACUCCUUUAAGUACAGCGACCUGCAAAAUUUAGCCAAAAGGCUGGGCCUCCGGGCUAACAUGAAGGCAGACAAGUUGUUAAAAGCCUUGAAAGCACACCUGAAUCCAGAAACAAGGAAAGAAAAUAAAAAUCAGGAUGAAAAUCAAUUCUCCACUGAUGAAACUGAGAUACACGUUAGCAGUGAGGAGCAAGCUGAGACGGAAUCAGGUGGUCACGUCACCAAAACGAGGAGGAGGAGGAGGAAGAAGCACAAGACCAUCCAUGGAAUUCCUACCUCCCAGACUUUGUUGCAGGAUCAUUUGGAGAUGAAAGGAACUGAUAGUAGUAACUUCCAAAAUCAAGAAAAUCAGGAAAAUCAAGACCCCAGGGAUACAGCAGAAGUUCCUUCUCUGCCGGAGCAGAGGCCAGAGGACGGCAAUGCGGCUUCUUCAGGAGAAGGAGAAGUAAAUGUCUUCUACAUCCCUUUCCCUAAUUCCAGCAUUUAAGAGACUGAGAAGGUGGAUCUGCAGAGUUCAAGGCUACUCUAAUCUACAGAACAUUAAAGAUUCAAAGAAGCCUUUAGAAAAAAGAUCUCUAUGCACGGAUGAGUUUUCUAAACUUGGGAACAAUAAAAGGACUUCAGCCACAACACCAAACUUUAAGAAGCUUCAUGAGGCUCGUUUUAAGAAAAUGGAAUCCAUUGAUGAAUAUAUUAUGAGGAAAAAGAAACACCUUAAAGAACACAGUUCACUUAAUGAACUAAAGCUUGACAAAAAAGGGAUAGUGACCCCAGUUCCUCCAAGAGGAAGGCUCUCUGUACCCUGUACUCCUGCCAGGCAGCAGUGCCCACAAGGCCACUCAGCAACUAAAAUGAAUGUCAGGUUUUCAGCUGCUACUAAAGACAAUGAACAUAAGUGCUCACUGACCAAGACACCAGCCAGAAAGUCUCCACACGUGACUGCACCUGGGAGUGCUUCAAAAGGCCAGGCUGUGUUCAGGACACCCAAGUCAAAGGCCACUGAAAGGACUUCUAUUGCAGUUAUUACCCCUUUCAAGUUGAUGACUGAAGCAACACAGACUCCAAGUUCUAGUAAGAAGCCAGUAUUUGAUCUCAAAGCAAGCUUGUCUCGUCCCCUCAACUACAAGCCACACAAAGGAAAGCUGAAACCUUGGGGACAAGCUAAAGAGAACAAUUCUCUGAACGAACGUGUAAGCAGAGUUACCUUCCACAGGAAAACUUACAAACAACCUCAUCUCCAAACCAGGGAAGAACGAUGGAAGAGACAAGAGCAAGAACGAAAGGAGAAGAAAGAAAAGCUUUUGGAAGCUCGAAGAAACCUGGGUGUGACUAAAGCCCAGUGACCCUGUCUGUUCCUUUACUCUAACUUGUUUUCCUUUUGUAUGUUUUUUACUCUUUCUCUACUUCAGUCAAAAGCUCUUUUCUAUCAUAACUUUUGGUCAUAAUUUGUGUAGUGUCUCUUCUGUGCUAUAUCUGAGAAUAUAUUAUCACCUUAAAGUUCAUAACUAAAGUAGUUUUCAUCUAAUGCCCUAUACAUCUCCAAUUUUUAAAAGACUUGUCCUCAUGAUUCUUAACAGAGGUUUUUCAUGUCAAGGUCCUGAUAGUUCCGAGGGAGAUGACCUGCACCCUUUUCUGCACAAGCUGUAGCAGAAUCUUAGCAUGAGAAAAUAAGAUAUCGCUCAUAGGAAAAGGGAGGCUGGAAGACCACAUUUUUGUUCAGUAGCCUGGAAAAUCUAUUAGUCUUAUUGAAAUCUUAUUUUAUCAAGGUAAAAAGUUUUAGCUUAUAAGAGCCUUGUUCUGACUUUUCAUGUAUUUGCCAUCUGUCAUUCAUUAUAAUCCUAAACGAGAAAACCUCUACUCUCUCUACUUGUUAAAUAAAAGCCACAGGGCAAAGGGUGUGCUUUAGUUGUACAACACUUGUCUAUCACACUCCUGUCCCUGAACUGUACCACCAAAACCAAAGCUGAGAAUUGCUGCUGUAAGAAUUACUGUCAUUGGCAGACUUUUUUCUUACAAGUAGUAAAGAGAGGAAAGCUGCAAGGGGUGACCUUCUGAUCUUUGCUCUGCCUUACAGAGAUUCUGAGAUGUGUGUAAUGCUUACAAUGUUCAUAAAUAAAAAUUUUCACUGUGAUAGGUUCAUUGUUUUAAGCGUAAGUUGCUCAGGAUUUGGAUGGACAUCAGAGAUCAGUAAACACACCUCCUCCAUCCACUUGUCUUCCACAACUGUUGAGACAGGGCCUCAUGUAGGGCAAACUGGUCCCAAACUCAUUUUGUAUCUGAAGAUGACCUUGAACUCCUGAUCCCCCAGCCUCUACCUCCCAGGUGAGUGCAGAGUUAGAUGUAUACCACCAUACCUGGCUAUAAAGAAGUGUUUUUGUUUUUCCCUUUGUUACUGACUACAUUUUGAAUCUAAGGCCUUGCAACUUACCAGAAAUAGUACGAUAACAAGGUUAAUAACCAACAGUUCUAUUUGUAUAUACUAUAAGUCAAUAAAGCUAAGCUGAAUGUGGUAGCAUAAA